UUAAUAAUUAUUUUUUAAUUUGUUGUAGAAAUCAUAAUGGCAACGACUACUAGCUCUACUCCUCAACGGACUUUCAAAACUGACCCAAAUUCACCUUUAUGGAAAUAUGUCAAAAUAAUAGACCAAGUAAAAGGUGGUGGAACAUUUUUAUGGAUAUGCAACUUCUGUAGUACGAAAAAAACUAGCUCCUACAGUCGUGUCAAAGCCCAUUUUUGUGCCAUUCCCCAACAAGGAAUCAAACCAUGUCUAGGAAAGAAUGGAAAUGGGAUGUCACCUCAAGAAAUAGCAGGAUAUAUUAGAGAGCAAGAGGAAGCAGAUGCAAGAGUUGGUCGUGCCUCAAACCAUCCUUUGUUGACAGGAAGAGGAAGUAAAUCAAAGAGGCCCCCUACUUCUCCAUCUUAUAGCGAUUUUCCUGAUAUCGUGGUAGAGAGCCACCCAUUCUUGGACCCAAUUAGUGAAGAACCUGUUAUUGUGAAGAGAAGCAAGGGACCAUUAGAGAGAGCAUUUAAGAAUGAUGCUAGAGAGAUUGCAGAUCAAUCCGUUGGAAGAUGUCUAUAUGCAAACGGUUUGUCAUUUAAUGUGGUACGAUCACCAUAUUGGCAGGAUAUGUUGAAAAAGGUAAAUGAGGCUCCACAAGGGUACACAGGGCCAGGUUAUGAGAAGGUGCGUAGCACCUUACUAGCAAAGGAGGUAAAAAACAUAGACAAUGCAUUGGCUCCCAUUAGAAAUUCAUGGAAACAAACAGGGGUGUCCAUCAUUUCAGAUGGAUGGAAGGAUACCAAAAAUCGGCCAUUAAUUAAUGUAAUUGCAGUGUGCCCUAAAGGGGCAAUGUUUCUGAAAGCUGUGGAUUGUGAGGGACAGAUGAAGGAUGCACAAUUUAUUGCUAACAUCCUUAUACAAUGCAUUCAGGAUGUGGGACCUCAAAAUGUUGUCCAAGUAAUAACGGACAAUGCAAAGAAUUGUAGAGCUGCAGGUAUGUUGAUUGAGACACGGUUUGAACACAUAUUUUGGACACCUUGUGCUGUCCACUCUCUCAACCUCAUGCUACAAAAGAUAGGCAGGAAAAUAGAUUGGAUCAAACAAAUUUAUGUUGAGGCUGAAGAGAUCCAAAUGUUCAUCACAAACCAUAACAUGUCACAGGCCAUUUUCAGAUCAUUUUCACAGUUGGAGUUGCUAAAGGUUGCCGAGACCCGAUUUGCAUCCAACACAAUCGUCUUGAGGCGACUUGUGAAGGUGCGACAGCCACUUGCUAGCAUGGUAAUUAGUCAAAGUUGGUCCCUAUGGAGGCAAUCCAAUACUGAAAGGGCAGCAAAUGUAAAGCGCAUGAUCCUAGAUGACACUUGGUGGGAUCGAGUGGAAUAUCUUUUGAGUUUCACUGAGCCCAUCAUGAGUAUGAUCCGUUAUACUGACAUGGAUCACCCAUGUUUGGGAGAGGUAUAUGAUGGCAUUGACUCGAUGAUUGAGAAAAUGAAAGCCAUCAUCAAUGCAAAAGAGCAAGAUCCCGAAGAAACUUUCUUCAAAGAGGUUCAAUCAAUUUGUGUUGAGCGGUGGAACAAAAUGACCACCCCACUACAUCUUCUUGCAUUUGCAUUGACUCCCAAAUUUUAUAGUGAUGAAAUGCUUGCUAAGCCAUCAAGGGUACCACCAUAUAGAGAUUCAGAAGUCAGUGAAGGGUGUAGGACAGCACUUACUAAACUCUUCCCAGAUUCUGAAAUGGAGGAUUUAAUGACAAGUGAGUUUGCUGAUUUUGUAGCCUCCAAUGGUCAAAGUGUUUCCGCUCUCCGUGACAAGUAUAAAAAGGAUUCUCAUGCUUGGUGGUACCUCAAUGGCCAUACAUCACCAAACCUUCAAACUCUUGCAAUCAAAGUUUUAUCGCAAGUUGCUAGUUCCUCUUCAUCUGAGCGAAAUUGGAGCACAUACUCCUUUAUCCACUCAGUGAAACGCAACCGACUGGCAGCAAGUAAGGCAGAAGAGCUCGUUUAUGUGCAUUCAAACUUGCGCCUUCUUACUCAUAAACAAAAUGAGUAUAAGGAUGGGAGCACAAAGUUUUGGGAUGUAGAUCCAGAGCGAACUGAUUUGGAUUUUUCAGCUGCCACACAAUCUUUACUUUCUGGGGAGUCUGAUAGCCAAUGUGCUGCUAGUGCAAGUGGCAGUGAGGCUGCAUGUGGUUCCAGUACUCUACCUACAUCAUCUAAUGUCAAUGAUGAUGUUGAUCUUGAUCUUCCUAGUGACCCAUAUGAUGCUAUUGCUGAUUAUUAGUUGUGUCAUUUUAUUGUUGAACGGUUGAGCCAGUGAACAAUGAAUUCGAUAUCUAUCAUAACAUUCAAAGUUUGUAAUUUUGUUAUAGACUUAUAGUUAUAUCAAUAUGAAUCAUAUAUGAUAGUUCCAA